GGCCUGGGAGCAGAGCCUGUCCCCCUGCCCCAUCCCGUGCUGGGAGAACAGGGCCGCCAUGGCCCCCAAGGACAUCAUGACCAACUCGCACGCCAAGUCCAUCCUGAACGCCAUGAACGCCCUGCGGAGGAGCAGUACGCUCUGUGACGUGACGUUGCGUGUUGAACAGAAAGACUUUGCCGCACACCGCAUUGUGCUGGCAGCCUGCAGCGACUACUUCUGUGCCAUGUUCACCAGCGAGCUUUCAGAGAAAGAUAAACCGUAUGUGGACAUCCAAGGGUUAACAGCCUCUACUAUGGAAAUCCUGCUGGACUUUGUGUAUACAGAAACUGUUCAUGUGACAGUAGAAAAUGUUCAGGAAUUGCUCCCAGCAGCAUGUUUGCUUCAGCUGAAAGGUGUGAAGCAGGCUUGUUGUGAGUUCUUGGAAAGCCAGCUGGAUCCAUCAAACUGUUUGGGCAUCCGAGAUUUUGCUGAGACACACAACUGCAUUGAUCUAAUGCAGGCAGCAGAGGUCUUCAGCCAGAAACACUUCUCAGAGGUGGUUCAGCAUGAAGAGUUCAUCCUCUUAAAUCAGGAAGAGGUGGAAAAGCUCAUCAAAUGUGAUGAAAUUCAGAUCCAGCUCUGCUUGGCUUUUGACAGUUCGCACCUUAUCCCUGUGCUUCCUGACAUCCACGAGGUGGAUUCUGAAGAGCCAGUUUUUGAGGCAGUUAUAAACUGGGUGAAACACUCAAAAAAGGAACGGGAGGAUUCCUUGCCAGAGUUGCUGCAAUAUGUGCGCAUGCCGCUUCUUACCCCCCGCUAUAUCACAGAUGUCAUAGACACUGAGCCUUUUAUACGGUGCAGUUUGCAGUGCAGGGACCUCGUAGAUGAAGCUAAGAAAUUCCACCUGAGGCCUGAGCUCCGGAGUCAGAUGCAGGGACCCAGGACUAGAGCACGACUAGGUGCUAACGAGGUCCUGCUAGUGAUUGGAGGCUUUGGCAGUCAGCAGUCCCCUAUUGACGUGGUGGAGAAAUAUGACCCAAAGACUCAGGAGUGGAGUUUCUUGCCAAGCAUCACCCGUAAGAGGCGCUAUGUUGCCACGGUGUCCCUGCAUGAUCGGAUUUAUGUGAUUGGGGGAUACGACGGCCGCUCCCGUCUCAGCUCUGUGGAGUGCUUGGAUUAUACGUCGGAUGAGGAUGGCAUCUGGUACUCAGUGGCUCCAAUGAAUGUUCGUCGAGGCCUGGCUGGGGCCACUACCCUAGGAGACAUGAUCUACGUUUCUGGUGGUUUUGAUGGAAGCCGGCGUCACACCAGCAUGGAAAGAUAUGAUCCAAAUAUCGAUCAAUGGAGUAUGCUGGGAGACAUGCAGACAGCUAGGGAGGGAGCAGGACUUGUUGUAGCUAAUGGUGUUAUCUACUGCCUUGGGGGCUAUGAUGGGCUGAACAUCUUAAACUCUGUGGAGAGGUACGACCCUCAUACUGGACACUGGACAAAUGUCACCCCAAUGGCCACCAAGCGCUCAGGAGCAGGAGUAGCCUUGCUGAAUGACCACAUUUAUGUUGUUGGUGGGUUUGAUGGCACAGCGCAUCUCUCCUCUGUGGAAGCAUAUAACGUUCGUACUGAUUCCUGGACGACUGUGACGAGUAUGACAACACCUCGCUGCUAUGUGGGUGCCACCGUGCUGAGGGGAAGGCUGUAUGCAAUAGCUGGGUACGAUGGCAACUCGCUGCUGAGCAGUAUCGAGUGCUAUGAUCCCAUCAUCGACAGCUGGGAAGUAGUGACCUCGCUGGGGACGCAGCGUUGUGAUGCUGGUGUUUGUGUCCUUCGGGAGAAGUGACUUUGGAGAAGCCAGGUGAGAGAAACUCCUUGAGGACAGGCUGAAGGAGGAGAGUCUCACGUGGUUUGCAGGGACUGUUCCUGAUAUCUGGGGAAGCAGCAUUCUUUGAAACACAAAAACACAUCACCUCAGCGGCCACUCGAAAUCCAGGGUUCCGUGAGAAGCUAGAAAGUGGACCAGGAGAGAUGUGCAUCUUCUGCCAACUUGCCAUCCCAACACUUAACUUUAUCAGCGCAGCAGAUAUGCCUGGAGCUGUGGCUUUAGCUGGUCAGCCAGCCUAAUGAAUGCUUAGGAAAUUCAUACCUACAACUGAUCUGACCGUUACCUCUGCACCUGCAGCCCACGCAGGGCCAUUGGCAGUUCUGAGCUGCCUGUGUGUUUGAGUGGAUUCCAAACUGUGCUUGAUGUGCCAGCUUCAGCUGCUCAUACAAACAAAAUGUUUCAAAGUGUUCCAUGCAGCAAGUGCACUUCAGUGCAGAUGGUUGCCAGUAUGCGCUACGCUGUCGCUGCAUCUGCAGGUUAUGCAUGGGCCUGUUUCGAAAGGAUGGAAAUCCCACAUUCAUGCUUUCAGCUACUGAAACCCAGAUGCAGUAGAGGAAGGGGAAGGUUCUAGCACUCCAGCCAAUAGUGGAGGUGGCAGACGCGGAGACUGACUGGGGUGUUGGCAACAUUGCAGCAACCAUGACCACUGGCUGGAAGAGGUGCGGAGAAUAGUGUGUCUAACAGUCACAUUUUCUUCAAGAAGCUUGAUGGACUUGUCUUGGGAGUGGGAGCUUUUUUCUGGCAGCAGAAACACCACUCUUGUUCACCACAAUCCAGUGUGUGGUUGUCAUCUUGCAGUACAGUGGAUCUGAUGGGUCCCUUGGUGACUGGAGGCGAGGUGGGGGACAAGUAGGACUCUAUUUACAAUACACACAUGCUACUGAAUAAGAACGAUUCACUGCCUUGAGAACAAAAGGCAGCUAGAACAGGCAAUUCAAACCCCUUUCAUGUCUUUCCUCUUAGCUAUUUACUUCCUUGGCUCCUCACAUCCAUAAUCCUGUGUGCAAACCUCAUCCAUAGGCUUGCUAGACUACCCUCAUCUCCAACUGGUCUCUCCUGCCAGCCUCCCCCCAUGUCUCAGUUUUGGGUGGUGCACUUUCACCCAACACUGAAUUCUUGUUUGUUCCUGUUGCACAUUGUGUAUCAUUUCCUGUGUAUCUUUUAGUGAAAGUAUCAAAAAUAAAGUAUCUGUAGGAGUUUUG